AUGGCUUCAUCGAAUCACCGCGGCAUACAGAUUGGUUCCGCCUGGUUUCAGCGAAAGAUCAACCUACGGCCCCAGCACCGGGGGGUGCACCUGGUGACGGAGGAGAUCCUACGGCAGAUGCCGGAGUUGGGCCAGUUUUCGGUCGGACUGUGCCACGUUCAAAUUUUGCACACAUCGGCUAGUUUAGCACUCAACGAAAGUUGGGAUCCCGACGUACGAGAUGAUAUGGAAAUGAUGCUGAAUAAAAUAGUGCCCGAAGGCUUACCAUAUAGGCAUUCCUGCGAAGGUCCCGACGACAUGCCUGCACACGUUAAAGCCUGCUUCCUCGGAAGCUCCCUGACAAUCCCCAUCACGGACGGCAAACUGUCACUCGGUACGUGGCAGGGCGUCUGGUUGUGCGAACAUCGAGACCACGCCGGCUCCCGGAAGCUUGUGAUAACGCUGUCCGGUUGCCCUCGGGACUCAGCCCGUAGCCCACUCUCGCCAGUAUCACCGAUCGCCUCCACCUCCAGUUAG